AUGAAAGACGUAUCACAUUGUGUGUAUUACAAUGAAGAAGAUGAAGAAGAGGUAGAAGUGAAGUGUACUUGUGCAUUGUUUGAAACAAGAGGUAUCUUGUGUAGGCAUGCUAUUUCUGUGCUAUUGUCAAAAAAGGUUUUGACGUUGUCACCAAGAUUCUUUCUUACGAGAUGGAGGAAGGAUCUAAAGCGUCUAUACACAUUGUUGAAGAGUAGUUAUGACAAUUUUGGUGGUAAUUCUGAUGACGAAAGAUAUGACAGCUUGUCCAAGAAUUUAAAUGAAUUAGCAUCGCUCGGAAAAAGCAAGCACAUUUACACUACGGUGAUGAAAGGAGUUGAUGUUUUAAAAGAGGAAUGCCGUAAAUUAAGUCGUAUUUCAGUCGCAUCUUCUAGUUGUAAUGAGGUUGUUCAAAGUUGUGAUGAAGCUUCGACAUUGCAAAGUACUAAUUUGCUUAGUCCGGUUAAAGUUAAACGUAAAGGGAGACCACCGAUUAGAAGAAUGAUGCCAAUAGUUGAACAAGUGACGAAGAAGAAGUUACAAGUAACAAAUGAGCCAUCAAGCGACAACAAUGCCAAAACAAGUAGAAGCAAAAAACAGACUUCAAAGGCAAAGCAACAUCAAGCGAAUAAAAGUCAAACUCCACUGCCUUCAGUAAUUGAUGAUCAACACAAUCAUUUAGUUCGUACUCAGGUUGGGGUGUCCGUUGAUCCAACAAUGGAAUUAUCAAGAUUGGUAUGUGAGCACAAUUUUGAACGGGCUUUCCACAUAGCCCUUUCAAGAUGUGAUUUGUCCAUUGUGUCUUGGUUAUGUUCACAGGUUGAUAUAGGAUGGAUAUUGUAUGUAGUUCCUCUCCCUCUAAGCCAAGGAGUACUGCUCAACCUUCUGUGGCAUUUAGCUUGUGAUAUCAAUAACAACCCAUCCCAAAAACUUUCUUGGAUGACUGUCGUGGCCAAAGCAAUAAUUCCAACAGACCUAGCAAUUGCAGUGCAUGUGCAACCCAUCUUAUUUCAAGUCUAUAACAUUCUCAACCAUCAAAGUACCUUGCUCACACAAGCUGGUGUUGAGCUAACAAAUAUUCAUUUUUUGAUCAAUGUCAUCAAUUCCAUGAUCAUGACCUUUAAAUAGUUUUAAAUUUAUUAUAUUUGUACUUCUAUCAUGGUUAUGUAAUUUUGUGAUUGUUUAGGUUAUUGUAGAAAUGAAAAAUGUAAUGCUACUCAUGGUUGUACAGGGUAAUAUCAAGGAAUAUUUUUUUUUUUUUUGUUUCUAAUGUGCUAUGUAUUCUGUAU